UCAUUUGCUACUCCAAAACUGUGAUUACACGCGCCAGAAGAAAAACAAAGAGCUGGAGCAUUGCGGGGUUUGAGUGGGUGCGCUGCUGAUAUACUUUUCAAUUCUGCAAUUCGUCGUCUCUUUUCCUGCAAUUUGUAUUUUGGGAGUGAAGUGCGAGUAACAGGACGGUCCAAGGGAAACUGCCGCGAAAAUGAACUACGCGUCGUGGAUAGAAGAGAAGAAACUCAAGAAAACCUUUAUUGUAGCUACAUUGGCCUCCACUCUCGUCGGCACCUUUACCGCGUCUCUAGGUCUAUGGGAGCGCAUUGCAGAUAGACGUGCUCAGCACAGACAGAAACAGCGCGACAACAAACAGGAUGGCGAGAUCAAGGAGUUGAGGAUGCAGUUUGAGGAAGCCCAGCAAAAGGCAGAAAAAAGACAGGAGGAGAUUGAUCGGCUCCGGAACGGCCGAGGACGAGAUGAUGUAGGAAGCAACUUUGAGAGAGACAUGAUGAUGGUGCAGAGAAUGUACGAUCAAGGCUACGGUCGGAUAGGCAGCCGGUUCGCGCAAGGCGAUCCAAUCAUCGAGAACCAGUUACAAGCACAAAUCAUAGCCCUUCAACAGACAGUGAUUAGUGUACUUCAAGACGCUCUCUAUAGCGAUCGCCAACUUACCCGCGCUGACAUGGCGAAAUUAAUCAACGCCUCCAACGAAGCUCGCGAAAAUUCUCUCGAAGCCCUCCGGCAAGCUCAACAGCGCUUGGGAGGUUCCCAGGCCAGCAAUGGCUCCCAUCGAUCUGCAUCGCCCUUGCGCUCUCUCCCGCCUCCACAACGCGCCCCUUCCGCUGUUCUAGAUGGACCUGAGCAGCUCUUUUGCCCUUAUGCUCUUGAUAUCCAACGCAUGCAAAACAAGCCGUUGGCUGCCAGCUUCGCCCCAGGAGGCAGUUGUGUAUGUCCUGCCUGUGGCCUCCAACUCGACGUCACCAGCGAGGACUUUUGGAUGAUCGGAAAACGCACACCCAUCACCGUCUGGGACAAGACCACCGGCUACGAAUCCGAGGUAUUCGAUACCCGCGAGUUCCGUCUUGCACAGCGCUUCGUCGUCCAGUGCCAUACGCCAGAUGGCGAGUAUGCGUGUACAAUUUGUAGCAAAGGCCAGGAAGUGGAUGCGAUUUGUCGAACUGUGGAGAGUCUAGUCAAGCAUGUAGGUACAUACCACGAUGCAGCUGAACUGGAACGCGAACCAGAUCUGAGGGAGGUAAAGGUGGAGACUAAGCGGUUGAGCCUACCGGCUCCCCCACCGCUAUCAAGUGAUCCACGACCAUUGCUCAGGGAGGAAGUGAUUUAUCGCUAAUGUUUUAGAACAUGAGUCCGGUGGAGUAGUCUUGGAUAUAGAGCUGGAGCACGAUAAGGAUACCGAUCGGCUUCGCAGCUGCGAAAGGCUGACAUGAUUUGCGAACCAACCUCCACCUGCAAUGCGCGAAGGAACAAAUCAUUGUUCACUCAUCAAACAAGUUCCUUUCAUGUCCCUCAUCACCAUUUUAGAUCACUUAAGCUCAGCGGGGGGUUUGCCCUGUUGCUAAGCCUUAUCCUCAGUAUAGAUUAGUUCUCAUUACCCAAGCACGGCGUAAAUUAGCAAGACUUGUAAUGAUUAUGUAGAUUAUAUUAUAGCCUUG